GCAAUGCCACUGUGUGGUGCUAGAGAGUGCAAAGCAAUGAGAAAGUCAGUUGUAAACACAUAAGAUGACAGAUGGCCACAAGAGGAAUUCUUUAGAAACUCAGUCCGCAAAAAGCACAGGCACGACAGGGACCAGAACGCCAGCAGGAGAGAGAGCUGUGUCCUCUGUUAGCACAGAGGAGUUGGCAAAUGGCUGGGGUUAAACCUAGGUGCCUGUGAGGACCUGCGUGCGCAAGCGUGAGGAGGGCGAUUGGGUGAGCACGUGGAAAGUGUGGUCACUUGUGGAAUCAUGGUAGCUAAACGGAUCAAGAGUGAGUACAUGAAGAAAUUCAAGGAGCCCAAGUGGGACACGUUCUUCAGCUGCUACUUGGACAUGGUGCAUUACCGCAACAUGCGACGGCUGCUGGAGCAAGCCCAUAACCCCUGGCUGUGGGAUGGCUGGCAGGAUAGCUCCACCUCUAGCAGUGGCGAUUCGACUCCGAAGAUGCAGGAAAAGGAGGAGGAAGAAGUGUGCGUGGCACUGACGGGCGCUCUUCCUGUCCCCCAGCCACCCACGCAGCCAAGACCAGAACCAGUGCAGUCAGCAAGAGAGAUAAGGCAGCCUGAGCCACCCCAGCCAGAACCACUUCAGCCUGAGCCACCUCGACCUGAGCAGCCACAGCCCAAACCCAGUGAGAAAGAACCUCCAGCGCCCGAAGGAGCCAGCGUCAGGGGCAAUUGUCUGAAACGUGAUCUCACGCCACCACCAUGUUCCUCAGAAAAGAUUCUUGAAGCGGAUCAAAAAGGUAAAAACCUCAAACAGAUCAAACCUAAGACAAAGAACACGUCAGUUGUUCAGCCCAUUCUUGACGGUCUUUGUGCUAUUAAGAAGGCGUCACAAAGCAGAGGCCUGAAAAAGUCACCAAGAACUGCACUGCUGGCAGCAGCACAAGAUACUGUGAAGAAAACCAAACCUCCGUUUGCAUUGUAUGGCUGGGGAGGGAAAGACGGUGAGGUGGGCUGUCAGAAGACAUACAAUAUCAAUGCAUUAACUUCAAGAGAGAUUUACGACUCUGCAGUUCGUGCCAAGAACAGGCGACAGGUGGAAAAAAAGAUGCGAGCACGUUCGGCUGAGCGCCAGUGUAAAUGUCCACCUCGUCGUCCGGAACCUCCAGCAAAAACACCUUCCAGACCUCAGGAACCUUGGGUAUCAGAAUACAUGCGGUGCUAUUCUGCAUGGUCCUGAGCAAUGCCCGCUUCCUGCCGACAACAUAGACCAGUGUUGAUCUGAAUGCACAAAUUUGUUUGUAAAACAAUCUCAAUGAGUCUGUGAUAAAGUACAGAACGUGCUCCAGCACAGACACUAACUGAAAAAAAUCAUGCUGUAAGUGUAUUACUGGGCUUAUUUUGUGAAUACAACUCACAAACACAAGUACACAUUAAUUGUAAUUGAGGUUUUUAUUCAUUUGUUGCAUAAACCCCGAGAAACACAGCGCUACCAGUGCAAUAUUCCAUUUUUCACAUGAAGAAAUUGUGCACAUCUGUUUUAGAAACAAACAUAGGACCCUAAAGGAGGAUCAAUUACCACACUGUUACUUUAACUGUUUUCCAGGCAACUGAGAGAGCGAGCUUGUCUGGUAGGAUCAGAGGUACCACAUUUUUGCAAGUGUAUAAAAUGUACUGUCAUUGCUGUGAAUGUAUGAGUAGUGAGAGUCUGAAAAUAGCAGUAUCUUACAUUUAACAAACCUGAUCAUCACCGCAGACAUUUGAAUUAUUGAAGACCCAGCGAUAUUGUUUUGCCCAUUGCUCAGUUUGUCUAGCAUGUGCUUGAUUUAUUUAUCUAAAUAAUAUUCCUUUGAUUGUGUUUAUGCUGUUCUGAGUAAUGCCGGAGCAUGUAGUGAUCUUUUCGUGCUUGUGAUUUGUUUACCUGUCUGGAGGCUAUUGUUCCUGUUCUCAGGGUAUUCCAUUUUUUUAAUUGUUCAGGUACCACCAGGUACUGUACUUUCAUAUUUUUGUAUAGAGUGUAUUUGUACGUGUAAGUCUGCACAGAUCAGUGCAAUAAAUAAUUUAUAUAUUUAUGA